GCUGGACCUCUUCAGGUGUGUCACACUGACUCACUGAGGUGGAGACAGGUGUGAUUAACUCCACCUGCAGUCAAACAGCUCCAUCAGUCAGAAACAAACAUCAUCCGGACGUCAGAUUUCAUCGUCUCCUCCUCUGCUGCUCCUCCAGGAGUCGCCACCGGGGGGCGUCGAUGGCUCCUCGUCUUCCAGGCAGCAGCUGCUCCUCACAUCCCAGCCUUUGCUCUGUCAUCCUCCCCCUCCUCCUCCCUCCCCCUCCUCCCACAGCACGGGGGAGCACCACACCCUGUCAGCCAAUCAGAGCUCAGCCCCACCUUCUCCAUCACAUCAUCUCAGUUUCCAAGCAUCCGACACUCAGGAAGAGAAGAAGAACGAGAUGGACUGAAGGAGACGAAACCCAGAGAGAUGUGCAGUACCGUCUCCUUCAGCGUAUUGAUCUCCGGCUCGUCUUUCCUCCAGACCAGAUAAUGAACUGUCGCUGUGUGAUACACAUGCACGCUUGUACAUCUAUACCUGUGAGGACCGUCACUGAUGGAGGCACACAACUUAACUAACCCUUUUUACAGUUUACUCCAAUGAGGCUCGUCCACCCACAGUAGGAUUCCUGUCUGUCUCUCCUCCCGUCUCACACCAUGAGCAUCAUCGCUCUCUCGCCCGUGGGCCCCGAGCUGCCGUCCCCGAUGGUCACCUCCGUCACCCCUGUCACCCCGACCCGUGACCCCGACUCCUCCACCUCGACCGCUGCUGUCACCGACGCCCCUCUCAGCCUGGAGGCGGAGCAUCAGUGUCAGGACGGAGAACUGUCACCCGACCCGGGCCCCAGCCGGACCAGCCUCCCUGGGGGAGGACCUUACCUGGCCCGAGACCCCUCCAGGAGGUCAAAGAAACCUCCGCCGCUCCACACCGGAGCCGACUGGAAGGUCGUCCUCCACCUGCCAGAGAUCGAGAAGUGGCUGAGAGCGACCAGCGACCGAGUCACGCAGCUCACACACUCUGUGGGACAAGACAGCGUCAACAGACACGUGGACGUCCACCUGGUGCAGCUCAAGGACAUCUGUGAGGACAUCUCUGACCAUGUGGAGCAGAUUCACGCCCUGCUGGAGACAGAGUUCUCCCUGAAGCUCCUGUCCUACUCCGUCAACAUCAUCGUCGACAUCAGGACGGUGCAGCUGUUGUGGCACCAGCUCAGAGUCUCAGUUCUGGUUCUGAAGGAGCGUCUGCUGCAGGGCCUGCAGGACUCCAACGGAAACUUCACCCGGCAGACCGACAUCCUGCAGGCGUUCACCGAGGACCAGCACCAGACUCGCCUGGACGCUCUGACGGAGGUGGACGACUGCGGUCAGCUGACCAUCCGCUGCAGCCAGGACUACUUCUCUUUAGACUGUGGCAUCACCGCCUUUGAGUUGAGUGACUACAGCCCCGGUGACGAGCCCGAGGCCCGGGUCGCUGAGCCCGACAGCGAGGAGCCCUCCCGGGACCUGGAGCAAACCCAAGCCUCGAAUCUCGAACCGGAGGCAGAGGAGAGCGAAGGAUCCUGGAUCUCCAACCACAAACUCCACAACAGCUUACCUGAACUCACCGAGCCCGCUGACUCAACCAACCACAACCAUUCUCCUUCUAUAUUACCCACAAUGCAAUGUGGCGUUCCCAACCACAGUGAGAGUGCAAAGCGCCCCCUGCAGGGUGUGAGUCACAGCACCGAGGUGUCGCCCACUCAGCCGUCACUUCCCAAGAGAGCCGCUCUGUUCUCAGACGGAGGAACCGGGCUGGACGACUCCAGGGGAGGUCAGGGGACAGUGAGCCUGGUCUCGGGGCUCCAGCACCAGGCCGAGCUCAGUCGGAGCACCCCCUCACUCAUGGAUCCUCCAGACCGCUCCAAGUUCUGGUUGGAGCUGGACUCUGUUUAUCCAGAAAAUGUCUCACAGUCCUAUGAGAGUCUGCAGGUCAUGAACGGACGCAACCUCCAGAGAAACCACGUGAGCUCCAGACGUCCACAGGGGAGCGUCAAGAGGCCGCCGACCGACCAGAGGAGCUCAUCUGGGGCCAGACCGACCACCAACGCCCCCCCACCUCUCCAGGAGCCGCCGUCUCAGGGUGAAAUAUCCAAACAAAUCGAGAGGACGCAGAGGGAGACACAUGCACACAGCGAGGGGGAGUCUGACUCCUCGUUGCCCUCCCCCAUGAGGGAGCAGUUCCUCUCCUCAGACUUGGAGGCGUCCGGAGAGGAGUCAGACCCCCGACCGCCUCGCGGCAAGACGGCGGUCUGGAUCGUGAAGCGCCAGGGGCAGAAGCAGGGAGCCCAGGUGUCAUCAAAAGCCAGCCCGGACAAGGAGCACUGGUACGGGUCCGAAGAGUUCCUGGCCCUGCCCGCUCAGCUCCGUAAGACGGAGAUGCUCGCUAUGAAACUGGAGAGUCUGGCUCAGUCCGUCCCGCUGAGACCCGGCAGCGGUGACUCGACCCAGGAGGCUCUGCAGGAUGUGGACGACUGGGACCUGACGGAGCUCAACACCGACUGGGACGUUGGAGAGAGUGGAGACGACGUCCCUUCUCUGCUUCCCUACAGACGAAACCUCAGCCGCUUCAGCCCGUCCUCCUCCAGCGACAUUGCUCCGUCCUCGCUGGACGGAAGCAUCGAGUCCGGUCCUUUAAGCGACCUGCAGUCCGAAGACGAGGAGGGUCGGAGGUCAGCGGAGGUCCGCCGCCCGCAGCUGACGGCGCCCCUGGUGGACGGACAAGGAGGCGCGUCGCUGGUGCAGCAGCUGCUGGAGGACGUUCAGAGUCAGGACAGAGACCCUGACGUCUGGAAGAAGAUGGAGUGCUUCGUGCAGCAGUUGGACGGGUUCAUCUCGUGGCUGCAGGAGGCUCUGGACAGCACCGAAAACUGGACGCAGCCCAGACAGGAGCUGGACAGCCUGAGGGUGUACCUGGACACACACCUGAGCUUCAAGCUGAACGUGGACGGCCACAGCGCCCUGAAGGAGAGUGUGAUGGAGGAAGGCAAAGCGCUGCUCCUCGUCAUCACCUCCCACCAAUCAGGUCUGAAGGAUAUCCUCCAUAUGGUUUCCAGCCAAUGGGAUCAGCUCCAGCGGCAGAUCCGGCGCCAACAUGGCUGGAUGCUCCGCGCCCUCCGCUGCAUCCAGGCCCGCCUCCUGUACACCAGCCAAUCGCAUGAGCACUUCACGGCCCAGGGGGAGCCGUCGGCCAAUCGGCAGGCUGCGUGCCCAUCUGACAGCCUCAAGGCGGAGCUGUUCUCCAGUCAGUGUGAGGCCCAGCGAGCCGCCCUGGAGCAGAUGGCCAUCAAGCUGAGAAGCCUGCAGUACCCGUCGCCGGCCAGCAGGAGGCAGUACAGCCAGCUGGCCCGGAACAACAGUCUGCAGGAGUUUGAGGCCGAGUACCAGGAGCUCUGGGAUUGGCUGAUGGAUAUGGACGCCAUGGUAACGGACAGCCAUCAGCUGAUGAUGUCAGAGGAGCAGAGACAUCACCUCUUCAAGAGCAGCCACGCCGAGCUGCUGCUGAUGGAGAGCAAGAAGACGAGCCUGCUGGGCCGAGCCGAGUCCCUGAAGAGGAGCGCCACCGAGCUGCCCGCCGACUUCCACCGCAAGAUACACAACCUGACACACACGUGGAGACAGCUGGAGAAAAUCCUCUCCGAGCAUUCUGGACCCAGCUCCUCCCAGCAGAACCAGUCGGCCAAUGUGAACUCUUUGAUGGUUGGCGGUCGAGGCGGCGCCGUGGAGAACCCUCGCUCGGCCCUCUCGCCGCUGACCAACUCGCUGCUGGAGCAGCUGGAGGCUCGUAUCAAGGAGCUGAAGGCGUGGCUGCGAGACACCGAGCUCCUCAUCUUCAACUCCUGCCUGAGACAGCACAAAGACGCCUCCGAGCAGCUCCAGAGCUUCAAGUCUCUGUGCUCGGAGGUGCGAGCUCGUCGCAGAGGAGUUUCUUCUGUUCUGAAACUCUGCCAGAAGCUGCUACAGCAGAGUCAGACGGGCCCCAUGGCGGAGGUGGGCCCAGAGGCGGAGCAGCACUGGGAGGCCCUGCAGCUGCUGUCAAUCAACCUGGAGAGGAGGUGGGAGGCGAUCGUGAUGCAGGCGCUGCAGUGGCAGAACAGACUGAAGAGAGAGCUGGGAGAGCAGCAGGUUCCUGGGAACUUUCUGGAACCAGGUUUGGUAGACCUCCAUCAGAUCAGCCCGGUCCCAGCUGGUCCAAUGGCGGUGCCGCCAGAUGACUCGUGGGAAUGGGACGAAACAGAUAUGACAAUCACAGAACCAGAGCCACAAGAAGAACCAGAACCAGACCUCACGCACAAUCUCCCCACAGAACCGAACCCUCCUUCGGACGGCGUUCUGUCCAACGGGAAUCAACCGGACUGUAACGUGUCCGGUAUGAGAGGUGGAUCCACAUCAGAGGUUCAGUCCGAUGUGACGUCCGAACCUCCUCCCCGUAACAACAACAACAUCUACCAGGUGUACAGCCUCCAUACUGUCGAGUUGUACCGACAGCCACAGUUUCCUCACACCUCCUCCUCGCUGCUCAGAAACAAAUCAGGAAAACGGAAACAGCACCUCCUGCUGAAGAGCCUGAGCAAGGACUCCUCGUUCUCCUCCAUCGAAUCCCUUCCGGACCUUCUUGGAGGAGACAGAAUCACUGGAUAUCGGGAUGAGAGCGAGAAGGAAGGCGGCAGACGAAGUGGACAGUCGGGGAGCAGUCGAAGGUCCGAGAGCGAGAGCGGGAUCGUUAGUGAUACAGGAGACAUGGAGACGAUAAACUCUGAAACUCCGGGAGAGGAGGAGGAUCGAAGGGAAGAAGACAAGGAGAAAAAUGAGCACAGGAAGGAUGAAGGUGACGAUGGGAGUCAUCUGUGCAAAGACGGCGUCAGCAAGUGCAACCAAAGAAGGACCAAGAAAGAAGAGUAUGUGAAGGAGAAAGGAUGGAGGAGAGAUGAAAUGAGAAGGAACAGGGAGGAGGAGAAAAAGAAGAGGCACAGGAGGGGAGGAGGUGAAGCAGUUGAGAUCCUAAUCAAUGGUCUCGGAAUCCUGACGCCCGCUGACUCCGACUCUGACUUCGAGGUUGGAGGACUCGGUGUAGACUCGUCCAAGGCCUUCAUGUCUAGCAGUGACAUCACGGCGUUCAGAGCUGACCAGCUGAGCGGUUUGGAGACUCCUCCUGCUGUCAGCCGCCGGGCGUCAAGUCCAGUUUUGUCUCAGGGCUCCUCUCUGGAGUCCCUCCUGGCUUUGGGUGUGGAGUUGUUUCCCUCCAAAGAGCUGCUGCAUCGUAGCGCCUCUCUGGAGAGCUGCCUGGUCCCGUGUCGUAGCGCUGAUACUGGGGGCAGCCUGGCCAGCCUGGGGGAGCUGGACCUGGGGCCGAGCAGGGAGAUGGACGGAGGUGAACCAGGAGAACAGAAGAACAAAGAAAGUCCACAAGGAGAACCGUCCUCUGGGGAGCUGAGCCGCAGAACUCUAGAUCUCCUGAAACGUCUGGAGAACAUCCAGAGUCCUCUGGCAGCGAAGAUGACCCGCAGUGUUUCUGACAUGACGCUUCGUAGCAGCUCACCACAGCUGAGUCGACUCCCCGCCUCGCCCUCUCUUGGUGGUCGACACGCUCCCCUUUCCGGGAUUCAGGGCUGUUCACGGAAGGGGCCACCAUCCCUGAUCAAUGAGAGCUCAGCAACAGCCUCGCUAACGGAGCUGAGCAGUACUGAGGACUCGUCUCUGGGGUCUGAAGAUUUCGCUAUGUGUAGAAAUCAGCGCCACCACCUCCUGGAUCCCUCCGUCGGAGCCAACGCCAACUCAAGCUCUUGUAGGAAACGCUGCCAUGGAAACAGCCGAGGAGGACAGGGGUUGGACGAAGCAGAUGCGGCGAGUUUGAGCCUGGUGGUGAACGUUUCUUGUACGUCCGCGUGCACGGAUGAAGACGAGGACGACAGCGACCUUCUGUCUUCCUCGACGCUCACGCUCACUGAGGAGGAGCUCGGUGUUCGUGACGGAGAGGAUGAAGAGGAGGAGAGGUUGAGCGGUGCAUCCUCUGGUAACGAUGAUGACGAUGAAGAGGAGAUGGAGGGGUCUUACGUCCUGGGGCUGGAGUACAUGAAGAGGGAGCUGCAGACUUGGAUUCGCUCUCCUCGAACGUCGUCUUCCUCCUCCUCUAAAACAGAGGUUGGCCUCCGAGACGAGCUGCAGUGUGGAACCAACAUCUCCUCCAGCUUCUCCUCUUCCUCCCAGAACAACGAGCAGCACUGUUUCCUGAACCGCACAACUGCAAAAUUAAUCGAAAACAACACAAACAGUGGCAACGACAAAACAGACAACAUAGAACAGGAAGAAGAGGAGGAGAACCGGAGGAACGUCACAAGAAGCUACAUCAGCCAGUUUGUGGACGACGUGGAGAACGGAAACGUGGACCAGAGCUGUUUGAGAGGGAAAGACGAGGACGACGAACUCCUGCGAGAGGAGUCGAGUGUGUUCACAAAGAAAGGAGAGUCGCUGAGGGAGUCUUACGUCUUCACCAAGACAGGAGAGUCGGUUCACGAUGUGAGUGACUUAAUCAUGAACAUGGAAUCAAACUCCCCGAAGCAGAUCUGUUCGUCUCCGUCCUGUGAGCUCCUCCCCUUCCUGUCCAAGCGGGCUUCCUCAUUGGUGGGACAGCUGAGAGGGGAGUUGCCCUGUCACAGCUCUUCCCUCCCCUCGCCUCCUUCCCUCUCUCCUGUCGAGGACUGCAGAUCCCACGAUGCCUUGCAGAACAGCAGGCCGGCAGCCGGGGGACGGAAGGCCAUCACCAGUCAGGAGAAGUUCAAGUUCUCCUCCUUUGUGACGGAGGAGACGAAGAGGGAGGUGAGAGACAAAGAGUCGUCGCUGCCUCCCAGGAAACGACACAACUCUCACUCCUCCUGCUGCAACCACCUCCCUUCCCCCUCCUCCCUCCGUCCAUGCAGUCUAGAGGAGGGCAAGAAGGAGAACGUGCACGACUUCGUGAUGGAGAUUAUCGACAUGACCUCAUUGGCGCUGAAGAGCAAAGAGGGUCAGCCGGAAGAACCGAACCAGGCGGAUACCAGUGGAUCCAUGGCAGACCAGAGUCCUGCAUCACUGACGCAGAUCAGGGACAAGGUCCUUGAACACUCCCACCGACCUCUCCACCUCCGCAAGGGAGACUUCUACUCCUACCUGUCUCUGUCCUCCCAUGACAGCGACUGUGGCGAGGUCAGCCAGUGCUCCGAGGAUAAAAGCUCCACUCCGGUUCCCUACAGCAUCCCGUCCUACGUCACGCCCACACAAGGCCUCCACAGCCCGAGUCCCGAGCUGUUCACGAGCACCAGACAGAAAAUAUCCCCCUCCAGCUCGCCUCCGUCGUCCAAACACUCCACCAACAACAUCUGCGCUCUGGAUUUGAAGCCUGAAACUAACGGGAACACUGAGGAGCAGACGAGCCCCUCGCUGUCCCUGCCUCCGAGUCCGGACAUCAGGGAUGAGGUGACCCUGUUUGCAGCCUGUACCGAGGAGGUUUACCUGGGCCCGCCUCUCUGCUACAGCAUGGCGCUCACCAAGAGACCACAACGGUUCACGCUGAAGGAAAAUAUGGAGAAUUUGUCCUCUCUGGACCCUGAAUAUGAACUGAACGGUUUAGCUUACCUGCCUGGUUCAAAACCCAGUGACAGCCUUCAGUCUUUGUCUCCUAGUCCCGGACCAGGUAACAGUCUGAGCUACCUGUCGGCCUCGAAGCAGGAUCAGCUGUAUUUCCACGGAUCUGUCGCCACAGAGGAAGCACAGAGCUCUUUCUCUCCUUUCCCGGAGCCUCGUUACAGCUCAUUCUCCACCUCCUCGCCCUCGAACAGCGUCCCCGCCUCUCUCCGGGGGCCCGGAUCCAAACCAGGAGAUGACAACCCUUCCUCUCCUCCUCCCGUGUCCUCUGGCGCCGAGGAAGAGAGGCGAGGUGAGGACCCGUACCUCCUCUGUGAUGUCGCUGGAGGAGAAGUCGCGGCCGCUGCGAGUGUCAGCGCGCCGCAGGAGGAGAGGAGUCGUAAUGAGGGGCCUCCUUAUCUUAAUCCCCGGGCGCGUGUCGCCCCGAUAGACUCCUCCGCAGCCGAAUGUUUGGCAGAUACUAAAACGCUUGAAUCCAAUAUGGGCGCCGUAAUGACCAAGAUAAGUGUCUGCAGCUCCGCUACAAAUCCCUCAAAAGAGCCAGCCGCCACCGCCACGCGUAUUAAUCCCAAAAUUAACUGCUCGGCGAUGAGAGAGGGAGAUAGGGAGGAGGGGGAGCGGCGGGGAGAGGUGGAUACUCGGCGGGUGAAGCAGGAGGAGAAGAGGAGGAGAGGGCGGAGCGGCUCGCAGCAGGAAGCAAAGACAGCAGCGGAGAAGCAGGUGAGCUCUCAGUCAGCCGUCCAUCACGCCACCAGGACACCACCAGGGCGGAGUCAAGCCUCAGUGCGAGCGCCGUCCUCGAGGUCGGGGACAGUUCGAAGACUUCCUGUGUUGGGAGCAGCAGCCUCCAGGAUCCAGCUGUAAAGGGAACUCUCUCCGUCGCCUCCCCGCCCAGCUGAUCUCUCCUCCCGGCUUCCUCUCUGCUCCUGGAGCCUUUCACCUCCACCAUCUCCUCCCUCCCCUCCCCCGAUCUCACUGCUGUAACCGGACGGAUCAUUAAGACACUGGACUGAAAACUCAUCCGGCAGUUUCAGGAUCACCGUGGAACUGAUGUUAAACUGUUGGAUCUGAUGUUUUCAUGGGAAUAAUGAUGUCAGGAGUGACGAUGGAGCAGAAACUUCUGACUCCGACUGUGAGAAAUACGUAGAAUUUACAUCCAUUAUGAGAAAAAUGUAAACGUUUAUAACCAGUAUGUCUGACAACAGUGUAAAUUGAUCACAAAUAGGAAACUACAACAUAUUGAGCUUGUGAUCCUUCAGUUUUUAUUGCAGUUAAAUUCCAUGUUUCUGACGGAAGAUCACUGAGAAUAAUCUGUUGGAUUUCUGAUAUUUCACUAAUAAAUUCCAUCCCAGGAGCAGCAUAAUCCUUUUAUUAAUCUAUUUUAGUGAUUUUUAUAAGCAUUUAUUUGUGUUGGAGAGGUCAGACGGUACCGCUUGUGCCGAUGCAGAAUGAAGAAUUAUCUCUGAUGUAGAGAAAUGUUGUCAAACUGACCUGAGAUCAGCUGAUUUUAUCUUAACAAACUGUACACUGCAGUGUUUUCAGCACAGGAAGCACGUCGCUUCUUUAAAACCAACACUCAGUGUCUCUAUACGAUGUCAGUAUUCAUCAUCUGUUGCUGUGACCCGGUCCGACUCAGUAGAACUUUUGACAGUCGUGUCUCAUCGUGUCAGCGCCACACUGCAGCUGUGAGUAGAUAAACUGCCUCCGACCUCCGAAACUAAAUAAGUUCAAGCUUCCAUUUAGAGAUAUUUAACGGGCUGGAAGAAGCUGCUGUCGACAGACGUGAAGAAAAACAAUAAAAGCUACAAAUAUUAAGACAUGUAAAAAGACCCACUUUAGCAUCAGUUUAAUCAGCUCUGUUGAACUUUGAUGUGAUCAAAUACAAAUCUCUGCGAGAGACGGAGAGCAUGACUGAAUCAUGACUGAACAGGAAAGCUGAGGAUUUGGACUCAAAGGGUGGAAAAUCAUUACCGACUAUCAAACACACGCUGGCAGACUUUGAUUUAGUCGUGCUCGUCUCUUUCAUUUCCAGAGUUGAACUGGAGUCUGACUGCGGAAGACAAAAAAAAACCUCAAGACAGCAUCAGUUGUUUACUGAAACGCCUAAUCGACAUGUUGUUAUGUUCAUCUGACGAGGAUCUCGUGAAGCUGCGUGAUCGAGUUGAAGAGAAGGUGAAACCAACGUGUUGAUGUCGUCGAGCAGAAGGAACAAACGCACGACGAUCGUGUUUCCACCAACGUACGUUUGGGUGCAUUUAGAAGUUUUGCACUACCGAAAACAUCAACACCUGAAAUAACUCGUAUUUCAAACAUUCGCUUUAAAUUUUGCUGCACAAUUAAAUGGAAAUACGACUCUGGUCAUCCUCCUGAUAUGAGUUAAUAUAUGUACUCAGACACUCAGAUCUGUUGGUUGAAAUGCUCAACAAGACGAACAAAGUAAAGUUGUGUUUUCAUACCAGCUGGAUCUCGACUCUGACGGGUUGUUUGUGUCGUCGACUCUUCAAACCUUCAAAGUCAGAAGUGUUCGUGUCCAAACGCUCUUUCUUCUUGUUGUCGAUGAAGCCGCGGUGACUCUUCUGUAGGAGGUUUAAUCUGAUUUUAAUUUCAUCUUCUGUGAAGUCAGGUCAGCAACAUCGCCGCUUUCCAAACCCUCGUGUGGCCUGCUUUUGUCUGAAUUUGGAGAACAUAACUCGUUGUCUCCAAGACUUCCUGGUAUGUUGACGUUUACAGUCUUUUAAUGCAACGAUCUGGUGGUAAACUCCACAUGGACCGCCCGUGCAGACCACCUCAUUCGCAGUAGAAUUCUUUGACAACAACCGAUUUACUGCAAGUAUUCUUGGUCAGUUUCGUUGGCCAGUAGCUCAGUCGGUCCAGCGUUAGUAGUUAGUAGUGGAAAGGUCUUGGUGAUCCUCGGUGUGGACGAUCUUGUUUGAGGUCAGGCAACAACAAAGGUGCAACUUCUUGAUAGUUCACUUCAAAGCUUCCAUCGUCCGUGUUGAUGAGAAAUACCCGAACAUACCAUUGAGUCCUCCAUCGAGUGCAGGUUCAGCAAGUUGAAUACAAAACUCAACUAUUGUUUCCUCUGAAUUCUUGGACAACGACCAGUUUCCUGCAGGUACUCUUGGUCAGUCCGGUCAGCCAGAGGUUCAGUCGAUCCAACGUCAGUAGACUAACAAUGACUUCUUGAAGGUCCCUUGUGUUGGAGGGAGGUCCAGGGUCAAGCACUCUUGGUCAGCACGGUUGAUAUUUACUGUAAAGUAAAGUACACUCCAAAGUUUCCAACUUCCAUGUUGACAAGAACUACCUGAACAAACCGCUGAGUCCUCCGUAGACCAUCUCAUGUUCAUCCAUCUGACCUUUGAGGGAUGCAUCGCCUUGAAACGGGGCACAAAUGUUUUGUGACCAACCAUCAUUUGGAGGUCCUGGUUGAUUCUAAGAACCGACAGGGGAUUUUAGUGAUGCAUUAGAGAAUAUACCUGCUGCUAUAGUGGUGGAAGAUGUCACUGGAAUAAUUUUCACACCCACCAGGUUAAAUCUUCAUCCUGAACUAAACCUGUCCCCUCCCUGCCGGCAGCAGAACUGAGGGUCGCACCAGGUGUCCAAAAAUAAAGAGUAACAUUAACUAGAUGAUAUUUUAUCUAUGCAACACGACCAAAGUUGGCAAAAGCUGAAACGGUGUUGUUGUGUAGGCGUUGAGGUUUGAUGACUGUUGACGGGGGCGUGUGUUGUUAUUAAUUCUGCUGUAUGUAUGUACACCACUACUGUACCAUGUAUUGUUUCUUUUUUUUUAUUUUCUAGACGACUCUUGAGACGAUGAUUAGCAGUGACGCUGGGGUUUGGGAUCGGUGUUGAGACGGGUGUGUGUGUGUGUGUGUGUUUAGGACAAAAUAGGGUUUGAAAUCUUUAAAAUAUAAUUGUGUGCCUUGCUCUACUGUUACUACUUCUACCUUUUUUUUUGUUAAUUAAAAACCACUGCUUUCCCAGUUAGGUGAAAACAUGCAACAAAAAAUUAAAAAUUCAAGCAAGGUUGGAGUUGAGCUUGUGUAUAUAUGUGACGGUGUAAAAUGCAGACGGAGGAAUGCUUGGUGUUUGUGUUUAUUUAACUCUGUAUGUGACCUGUGAUGUGGAAUAUCUUUAUUAUUAGUAUUGGCCAUAAAGAGCUUGACUGCAUGGUUCCUGUGAACUACAAUGUAAAACCAACUGUUGACAAAUAAACUUAAUUUAUUGGGAAAACAAA